AUGAGUUCCGAAACUCCAGCCGUCACGCCCGCACCCGCACCCGCACCUGCACCUGCACCCGCAGUCACCGAGCCAAAUGCCGGUCUAGAGAAAAAGAUUGAAGCUAUUGAUCCUGCCGCGGCUGCCGCGGCAGAGAAACCCGAAGCUGUAGAAGCUCCCGUCGUAGCUCCCGCCGGAGCUCCAGCCGUAGCCCCGGCCGCAGCUCCAGCUGCCCCUGCUGAAGAGGAGAAGGCCGCAGCGGCGGCACCUGUCGAAGAAAAGAAACCCGAGACCGAGACCGAGGCCUCGUCCGCUGUCCUCCCCCCCGACGGGGCAAAGGAAGACGCUCCUGCCGAAGCGAAGAGGACUCAAAACGUGACUCCGCUUGAGCUGUUCUUGGCCGAUCUUCCCGCGGUCAUCAAGGAGGCUGACCAUGGCGAGAUGUGGGGUGUGGAGCUUGAGGACGCUGCGCAUGUCCCGACGACGAUCGUGUUGGAGAAGUUCCUGAGGGCCAAUUCCAAGGACGUGGUGAAGGCCAAGGCUCAGCUGGCCGAGGCGCUGAAGUGGAGGAAGAAGAUGGAUCCGGCGCAGCUGCUUGCUGACUUUCGGUUUGACAAGAGCAAGUUCGGAGGGAUGGGGUUUGUAACUGUGUAUCCGGAGACGGCAGCUCAUGCGAAGGAGAUUGUUACGUGGAAUAUCUACGGCGCAGUCAAGGACAACAAGGCUACCUUUGGCAAUGUCGAGGAAUUCAUCAAGUGGCGCGCAGCACUCAUGGAGCUCUCGGUCAGGGAACUCGACCUGGCUUCAGCGACUGAGCCCAUUCCCAUGGACGGAACUGAUCCGUACCGCAUGACUCAGGUGCACGACUAUUUCAACGCCAGCUUUCUGCGUAUGGAUCCUGCCAUCAAAGCCGCAAGCAAGGAGACCAUCACCACCUUCAGCAUGGCGUACCCCGAACUUCUGAAGGAGAAGUUCUUCGUGAAUGUGCCGUUGGUUAUGGGCUGGGUCUUUACGGCCAUGAAGCUGUUCUUGAGCCCUGACACGGUGAAGAAGUUCCAUCCCUUGGCCUACGGCAAGAGUCUGGCUGGUGAGCUGAAGUCUUUCGGCGCCGAGUUACCCGCGGAGUAUGGUGGGAAGGGCAAGAGUAUUCAGGAGGGCUUGACGGUCCGGUAUGCUAGCGAGCCUGCCACGCCGGCUGCUGCUCAGGCUGAAGCUGCUGGUCCUGUUCCCACGAAGGAUGAGAGUGCUCCGUAA